AUAACCCAAUAACUUUUUUUAUAAAACCAUUAAAAACCCGUUAAGCCAAUAACCCAAUAACAAUAAACCAAUAACAUUUUUAUCGGUUCGGUUUAUCGGUCGGUUCGAUUUUCGCACACCCCUAGAAAAAAGAGUGUUGUUUAGACCCAUGUCUAUGGCCACUCUUUUCAUUUGACUCCGGUGCCAAAUUUGGAUAUGAUGAUUUUGGCACACCCAACUUAUUGCUUGGUCAACAUGACAAGCAAAGUUUGAAUGAAGGUGUUGGUAUCCUUCCCUAUGAUGGAAAGUCUUUCUUGGGGAUUCACAAUCCACUUGAGGGACCAACAAUGUGUAAGGGAAAGAACUCCAACCAAGAUGAAGGGGUUUUAAAAAAAGGGAGUAGUGAAAAGGUCCAAGAGAGUUCACCAUUAUGUGUUUUCAUUCUUGACUAAGGUUCCACUAUUUGUAGGUCAAGAAGAGAGUCUUCUCUGAAAAUUACUUUGGAUGAAUUCCAUUUAUGUGAUACCCUUCUUCAAUACUUGAGUGGAAUUGAUGACCUCUUUCUCCAAGGUGGUAUCAUUCUUGAGAACCCGAGGACAAAUGUGGCAUUGUCUCCUUUGUGUGUAGCUUAUAAACUUGCAUCCUUGCUCGACACAUUUGUGCUUAAAUUGUGUGAAUUCCAACUUCUGGAUGCCAAGCUGAUUAUUGGUUUGUUGAAGAGCCCAUGAAUGCUAAGGACUUCUUGUCACCUUCAUAAGGUUGGACAAUUUGAAGUAUCUUGUGGGGCUCGAAGUAGCAAAUUAUGAUAAUGCAUGAACAACGGGUGAACAGAACAGGAAUUCAUGGAAUAUGUACACACAUCAAAUUUAGAACCUUGUUAUAAGCAUGUGAAGUCAUUAAUCUAAAAGUUGAAGUUCUGUCUCUGUAUCUCUUUUUAUCCAUUUCGCCACCUCUAUAAUAAUGGAUGGAUAUAGUUUUUAGCAUGAUCUUAUUAAGCCUGAUGAUUUUCUUGCUGCAGGUAUAGUACUUAUUGAUGUAUCCUGCUGGCAUCAUAAGUGAAGUAGUUCUAAUAUAUAAUACGCUGCCUUACAAGAAGGAAUCUGGAAAGUAUGCUGUUAGGAUGCCAAACAAAUGGAAUUUCUCUUUUGAUUACUACUAUGCAUCACUUGUUGGCCUUGCCAUCUAUGUACCAGGCUGUCCUUACCUGUGUAGUUACAUGCUUGGGCAGAGAAAGAAAGCAGUGUCUAAAACUAAGGCGGCAUAGGUGGAGUCUGGAAGAUUAUUUGUACAAUUUUUAAACAUAAAUACACGAUUUGAGCCAUAGUUACUGGGUUCUGCCGAAGUUGUUACUAGCAUUGUGGCUCUAUCCCUGAGGACGCAGUUCGUAGGAGCUGCAUCUUGUUUUCCCUGAUUCAUCGGAAAAUUUUCACCUAUUACUGAUUGAAUAAGACUUCUCAUAGAUAGUCAAACUUCAUCUUUCUCUUCUUGACAGUACAGGGCAUUGUGUAUGCUUCCUAAUGUAUUUGGCACAUCGCGUAUGCUGCCGUGAACUCGUGGUGUUGAUUAAUUGCUGUAACUUUCAAUUUUGACAAGUUAUUAGAGCAAAUUGUGUUGA